UAUCUUCCCAUCCCCCUCCACUCAAUCACCACUAUCACCUCCCACUCACUACUCAUGGCACCACCGUCUCUCUCCCUCAUCCUCUUCUUCCUCCUCUCCUCCACCGCCAUUUCCACCUCCGUACAGCCGCCUGAGCAUACAGUACAACAAGUACAAAGGAGUUUGAAUGAGUCUCGGCGGAAUCUCGGUUUCCUGUCAUGCGGGACCGGAAACCCAAUCGACGAUUGCUGGCGAUGCGACCCGAAUUGGGAGAAGAACCGUCAACGACUAGCGGACUGCGCCAUUGGGUUCGGAAAAGGAGCCGUCGGCGGUAGAGACGGAAAGAUUUACGUCGUCACCGAUUCAAGCGACAACGACGCCGUGAACCCAAAACCAGGGACGUUGCGAUAUGCUGUGAUCCAAGACGAGCCACUGUGGAUCAUUUUCCAGCGUGACAUGGUUAUCAAGCUAAAAGAAGAGCUAAUCAUGAACAGUUUCAAAACAAUCGACGGCCGUGGCGCCAGCGUUCACAUCGCCGGCGGACCCUGCAUUACAAUACAAUACGUUACGAACAUAAUCAUCCACGGAAUCAACAUCCACGACUGUAAACCGAGCGGGAACGCCAUGGUUCGAAGCUCCCCGAGGCAUUUCGGGUGGAGAACGAUGUGCGAUGGUGAUGGUGUUUCGAUAUUUGGAGGAAGCCAUGUGUGGGUCGACCAUUGUUCUUUAUCAAAUUGCGCCGAUGGGCUUAUUGAUGCGAUCAUGGGGUCCACAGCUAUUACGUUAUCAAACAAUUUCAUGACUCACCAUGACAAAGUGAUGCUUUUAGGUCACAGUGACUCAUAUGAGCAAGACAAGAACAUGCAAGUCACCAUUGCCUUUAACCACUUUGGUGAAGGUUUAGUUCAAAGGAUGCCCAGAUGUCGUCAUGGAUAUUUUCAUGUGGUGAAUAACGACUACACCCAUUGGGAGAUGUAUGCGAUUGGAGGGAGUGCAUCCCCUACCAUCAAUAGCCAAGGGAAUAGAUUUCUUGCACCCGAUAGAAGAUUUAGCAAAGAGGUCACGAAACAUGAGGAUGCACCGGAGAGCAAAUGGAAAAACUGGAAUUGGAGGUCGGAAGGGGAUUUGAUGUUGAAUGGUGCGUUUUUCACACCAUCGGGUGCUGGGGCAUCAUCUAGCUACGCAAGGGCUUCAAGUCUUGGGGCUAGACCUUCAUCGAUCGUGUCUGCACUCACGACUAAUGCAGGAGCUCUUAUUUGUAGGAAGGGCUCUCGUUGUUGAUUGAAAUACAAGUCAACAACUAAACUGUAAUUUUGACCAUAAAAGGCAAAAUUAAGGUCAUUGAUUGGGGGAUAUUUUACUAGGGUUAUAUUUUUGAUUUUUCAUUGUUUCCCUCCAUUAUUUAAGGGUAGUUUUAUUUUUAUUUUUAUUUUUACUUUUACUUUUACUUUUUGAAGUUUUUUGAUUUUGACUAUAUUGUUCCCAAGUACAACCUCGGCUUGUCACUAUGCGAGUUAAGAAGUGUUGUUAUGUACACAUAUAAUAUUUAAUGAAUUGUUGUUGAAGAAAUAA